AUGUCUUUCAAGAUCGACAACAUCUUCAACGUCAAGGACAAGAUCGUUCUUGUCACUGGGGGCGGUACUGGCCUCGGAAAGGCCAUCACAGCGGGCUUCAUUCAAAACGGCGCCAAAGUCUACAUCACCGGUCGUCGCCAGGAGGUGCUUGAGGCCGCGGCCCAGGAGAUUGGCGGACCUAUUGUCGCUAUUAAAGGCGAUGUGUCUACCAAGGAAGGGUGCAAGGCGAUUGCAGACGCAUUCGGAACGAAGGAGUCCAAGCUCGAUGUACUGAUCAACUGCGCUGGAGUCAUGCGAGGAUGGAAGACUCAAGUAAAGAGCCAUGACAAUGCCGAUGAGGUUGAAAACUUGCUGUGGGAGGGGCAUGACGACGACGACUUCAACUACUCAAACUCCAUCAACAUCAACGGUGUAUACUUUAUCACUGCUGCGCUUGUCCCGUACCUUCGCAAGUCAGAUCACGACCCCAGCGUCGUUGUGAUUGCUUCUAUCGCCGGUCUCGCCAACCAGAGAGCUAUGGGAACAGUCUCUUACGGCGUCUCCAAAGCAGGUGCGAUCCACCUCGGUAAGCUCCUCGCAGGGCGUCUUCACCCUAUGAAGAUUCGAGUCAACACCAUCUGCCCCGGCAUCUUCCCUUCGGAGAUGACUGGCAAAAAUGACUCUGGUGAGGGGCACGAGUAUAAUUUGGCAGAUGGUGCCGGCAAGGCUGCCAAGAGGAGCACCGUCGGUCGAGCGGGCAGGCCCGAAGAGAUUGUCGGUCCUGUGCUCCUUCUCUCAUCUGCGGCGGGUGGCUACUUUGACGGGGCAUUGUUGACGGUAGACGGAGGGAGGUUAAUGGGUGCUGGAAUCAACGAUGGAUUGAGGUUGCCCGAGGAUACUUACAUCUAG